AGGUAUGCCGGCUGCAACUGAAGCUCACCCUUCACUUCUCUUUUUCUCUACCGGGCGACGCGAAACCUGAAUCAAACGGUCGGCCGGGCCCGCCCUCAUUUUUCCCAGCUGACCGUUUCCUUCAGUUUUUCUCCUCCUCCGGCCUGCAGCGCCAUCGGUCGCCGUUCUGCUUCUCCUCCUUCAAGCUUCGUCGAGCACGCGGCCCCUCUGACUCCAAGCUUCCUCUCCUCCGUCACCGUCGUCGUUCCAGCUUCUUGGAAAGUAAGGAUAGCGUAAUCAUUCCUCAGCUUUAGAUUAAACUCAAUUAAGGCCAGCGGCAGCAGCAUCGAAUCUUUUGCCUUGUAACAGGCAUUUGCAUACUACGAUCAUGGCAACCACACACCUUUUUUCUUUUUCUGCUUCACUUCCUAAAGCCCAAAACUACCAUUUGAAUCAUAACCGUUUUGCCCAAAACCCAACUCUGGCCCUCAAACCCUCUGCUAGAGCACGUCUUCUUAGAGCGGUUCUGUCCCAGAAUACUGGUAAAACUUCAAUACAGGACCCUAAGACAGCUCAGUUUCAGCAUUGUUUCACCAAGUCUGAAGAUGGAUAUCUAUAUUGUGAGGGGCUUAAAGUGCAGGAAGUUAUGGAAUCAGUUGAAAGAAGUCCUUUCUACUUGUACAGUAAGCCUCAAAUUACUAGAAAUGUUGAAGCCUAUAAAUCGGCCUUGGAAGGCUUGAGGUCUAUUAUUGGUUAUGCCAUCAAGGCCAACAAUAAUUUGAAGAUUUUGGAACAUUUAAGGCAUUUGGGUUGUGGAGCGGUGCUUGUUAGUGGAAAUGAGCUGAGGCUGGCUCUUCGUGCUGGGUUUGAUCCCACAAGGUGUGUCUUUAACGGGAAUGGAAAACUCCUUGAGGAUUUGGUCCUAGCUGCUCAAGAAGGUGUUUUUGUCAAUAUUGACAGUGAAUUUGACCUGGAAAACAUUAUAGCAGCCGCAAGAAUUGCUGGUAAAAGGGUUAACGUCUUACUUAGGAUUAAUCCUAAUGUGGAUCCACAGGUCCAUCCUUAUAUUGCCACUGGGAACAAGAACUCCAAAUUUGGCAUUAGAAAUGAGAAGCUUCAAUGGUUUUUGGAUGUUGUGAAGGAACAUCCUAAUGAGUUAAAGCUUGUCGGGGCCCAUUGUCAUCUUGGGUCAACAAUUACCAAGGUGGACAUUUUCAGGGAUGCUGCUGUUAUCAUGGUCAACUACAUGGACCAAAUUCGAGCUCAGGGUUUUGAAGUUAAUUAUUUAAAUAUUGGUGGUGGACUUGGGAUAGAUUAUUAUCAUUCUGACGCUGUCCUUCCCACACCCAGAGAUCUGAUUGAUACUGUACGGGAGCUUGUCCUUUCACGGGAUCUUAACCUCAUCAUUGAACCUGGGAGAUCACUCAUAGCAAACACUUGUUGCUUAGUUAACAGGGUGACGGGGGUCAAAACUAAUGGAUCUAAAAAUUUUAUUGUGAUUGAUGGAAGUAUGGCUGAACUUAUCCGUCCUAGUCUGUAUGAUGCUUACCAGCAUAUAGAACUGGUUUCCCCUGCACCAGAAGAUGCUGAGAAUGCAACUUUUGAUGUGGUUGGCCCUGUUUGUGAGUCUGCAGAUUUCUUAGGAAAAAAAAGAGUACUUCCAACGCCAGCCAAGGGUGCCGGUUUAGUUGUUCAUGAUGCUGGUGCUUACUGCAUGAGCAUGGCAUCAACCUACAAUCUUAAGAUGCGGCCUCCUGAGUACUGGGUUGACGAUGAUGGAACAGUGGCCAAAAUCAGACAUGGAGAGACAUUUGAGGAUCAUUUGCGGUUUUUUGAGGGCCUUUGAGUGGAGACUUCAUUUUUUGGUGGAUUAGAAGGCUUGAGUUUUCCAUUUGUGAUGUUAAAAGGUAUGGAUCUCUCCAUACCAUUUGAUAACAAAUGUAUUUUGAGAUAGUUUCUUCUGUUAUGUCCAAAUCUAAUAAUACUCUUGAUGGUAGAAGUAGAUUGGUCCUACGUGGCUCUCGCUUUUUGUCCUCUACUUAUCUAGUGGUAAGAACCUGGUAUUUAGCAGAGGUUCACAGACAUGUUUUCCAUGAUGUUGUCAUAAAAAUCUUUAAGGCCUUAUAGUCCUAAACCCUAAAAUUAUCUGUUGGCAACUAUUUUCAUUCUUGGUACCGCAUUUUAA